AUGACCGACGCCCGCGGCCUCUUCCCCCACAACACCACCUCCCCUCCCACAACCACCCGCGUCUUCCAACUCUUCUCCCUCCGCGGCAAGACUGCCGUCGUCUCCGGCGCCAGCUCAGGCAUCGGCCUCGCCGCCGCCCAAGCCUUUGCCGAGGCCGGUGCCAACGUAGUGAUAUGGUACAAGAGCCGGAGGGAGAUGGCCGAGCAGGCGGCGAGGGAGAUUGAGGAGGAGUUCGGAGUCAAGUGUCGGGCAUAUCAGGUUGAUGUUACCUCCUACGAGGCUGUCAUUUCGGCGUUAGAGGAGCAGCUCAAGGAAUUCAACAACCGCCUCGACGUCUUCGUUGCCAAUUCCGGCAUCCCUUGGACCCAGGGUCCGAUGCUAGACGGUGAACUCUCCCACUACCACGACGUGAUCCGGACGAAUCUCGACGGCGUCUUCCAUUGCGCGCGGGCUGCGGGGUUACUAUUCCGCCAACAAAAAGAACAAUACCCCCAGACGUUCGACCCGCCGUUCACAUCAGGAAGCUUCAUCGCGACAGCCAGCAUGAGCGGACACAUUGUCAAUGUGCCACAGCUACAGGCGGCCUAUAACGCGAGUAAAGCUGCGGUGGUGCAUCUGUGCAAGAGUUUGGCGGUCGAGUGGACGGGUUUCGCGAGGGCGAAUUCCAUCUCGCCAGGUUAUAUUAAUACGACGAUUUCGAAGUUUUGCUCACAAGAAAUGAAGGAGGCUUGGAAGGACAAAAUUCCUAUGGGACGCGAGGGCGAGCCGCAUGAGUUGAAGGGUGCAUAUCUCUACUUGGCGUCAGAUGCAUCGUCGUACACGACGGGAGCGGAUAUUGUGGUUGAUGGCGGGUAUUGUGCUCCAUAA